AUGUACAUCACCCUCUACUACCUAGUCACCCGGCUCCCUGACUCCCUUCGCUCGGUCAGGGACCACUUCCUCUCUGUUUGCCCCACCACACUCACCGUUGACCUCCUCGAGGAGCGCCUCCUGGCAGCUGAGAAGAGUAUAGUCGCUGUAGGAGCCUCUCGUGGUGACCCUUGUACCCCCUUCUUUGAGGGAUGCUCCCCCUCCCCCCUUUUGCCCUCUGUUGCCUCUGCUGCUGCUGUCGACCUCGUUGGCACCGAGUCGGUCGGCGCUGCGUCUGCCCCUAGCGGGAGACGCCGCAACGGCAAGGCCAAGGGGGGUAAGGGCGCUGGAGGAGCUGGCGGGGGCGGUAGAGGUGGUGGUGAAGGUGGCGGUGGAGGUGACGGAGGGGGUGGGGGUGGCGGUGGGAGUGGUGGCGGGGAUGGGGGCUUCGGUGGCGGCGGUGGAGGCGGAGGUGACGGCGGUAGUGGCGGUGGGAGCAGAGGAGGCGGCAGUGGCAGCGGUGGCGGCGGCGGCGGUGGAGCUAGUCGGGGUGGCUCUGUGGCGGGGGUUGCUAUCUUUGAUCUUGAUUAUGAUACUAUUCUUGCUGCCAUGUAUGUUGUGUCUACUAGUGAUGACGGUGACUGUUACCUGUGUGUUCCGCCUGACCCGGGCAUUGAGGCUGCUGCUCUAGGUGCUGGUGAGGCUACUGCUCCAGGUGCUAGUGCGUCUGCUGCUCUAGGUGCUGGUGAGUCUGCUGCCCCACCUGCUGGUGAGUCUGCUCUCUCAGGUCUUUACCUCCCCUCGUUCUCUACGAACUUGGUAGCUGCGUCUGGUCAGGUAGCUGCGUCGGGUCAGGUGUUUGCUGCAGCGUCCAGGUCUGGUCCUGAGUCUGCCCCCUGCUCGUGUCGUCUCCUGUCUCACCAGACUCUCCUGUGGCACCACCGCCUUGGUCACCCCUCCUUGCCUCGUCUUCAAGGCAUGGCCUCCCGUGUCCUUGUCUCUGCUCUUCCCCGGUCCCUCCCUCCUCUUCCUCCGGGGCCUGCCCCUACCUGCGUUCCCUUCGUCGAGGGGUGGCAGCGCGCCGCUCCUCACUCCUCCGAGUUUCCUCCGACAGAGGCUCCUCUGCAGACACUUCACCUCGACGUGUAG